GACGCCACACCACCAUCUGUUUAUGUUCAGACCUGAGAACCUGAGAGAUGAGAGAGACGGCGCGAGCCUCGCGUCAGUUAUUAUAAAAUAAUAAACAAAAACAACAACAACAACAACCGCAAUUGUGAGGUUUUUGAAAAAUUUCGGCGUGCGCGAGACCGGCCGUUAUUCCGCCUCACGCCUGACCUGGCUCCGUAUUCUACCCCGAAGAAACACCAAAAGUAUUCGCACCCCUGUCUUUGUUAGCAGGUGGCUUUGUUAGCUAGCACAGUGUGUACUGUGUAUUUUCUUUUUUUUUGUUUAUUGUUUAUUUAUUUAUAUAGAUAUAUAUUUUUUUUUUUCUGCUAACCGCUGGAGCUAACCGAGUCUUUUUUAUAACGAAGCGAAUCUCACGUGCGCAAAAAAAAAACCCCGUUAUCAGGGAUCCAUGCAGCAUUGAUGAUGAAGAUGCAGCUGGCGAUGAAGCUGAGGUCGAAGCUGAGGCUGACCGUCUGACUGUGUAGUGGUCAUAGCUGGAGAGCCAGAAUCCCCACUCACACACCUAGACACGUGCACACACGCACACACACACACACACGCACACAUACACACACCGUGCCCAUGUUUUCUCUCGAGCAGGAGAACAUCUCCACCUCCUCCUCCACCAAAGUGCCAAUUAAAUACGGAGAACUCAUCGUACUCGGGUACAAUGGCUCUCUCCCGAACGGAGACCGCGGGAGGCGGAAGAGCCGCUUUUCUCUCUUCAAGCGCCCCAAAGCAAACGGAGUCAAACCCAGCACUGUCCACAUAGCCUGCACACCACAAGCAGCCAAGGCCAUAAGUAACAAGGACCAGCACAGUAUCUCCUACACUCUUUCCCGAAUUCAGACCGUGGUGGUAGAGUACAAUCAUGACAGCAAUACAGACAUGUUCCAGAUCGGCCGAUCCACAGAAAGUCCGAUAGAUUUCGUGGUGACGGACACCAUCCCCGGAAGUCAGAGCAACUCCGACACGCAGACCGUACAAAGCACCAUCUCACGCUUCGCCUGCCGCAUCAUGUGCCAGCGAACCCCGCCCUACACGGCCCGCAUCUACGCCGCCGGCUUCGACUCCUCCAAAAACAUCUUCCUUGGGGAGAAGGCUGCAAAAUGGAGAACGUCAGACGGGCAGAUGGACGGCUUAACGACGAACGGCGUGUUGGUGAUGCACCCUCGUAAUGGCUUCACCGAGGACUCCAAACCCGGCGUAUGGAGGGAGAUCUCGGUGUGUGGCAACGUCUUCACACUUCGGGAAACGCGAUCCUCGCAGCAGCGCGGCAAAAUGGUGGAGAGUGAAACACACGAGCUGUCGGACGGUGCUCUGAUCGACCUGUGUGGUGCUACGCUGCUGUGGCGCACUGCCGAGGGUCUCCGACGCGCACCUACUCUCAAACACCUGGAGGCGCUGAGGCAGGAGCUGAACGCAGCACGGCCACAGUGUCCCGUGGGCCUCAACACGCUGGCGUUCCCGAGCAUGCGCCGGUGCCAGGGCGCCGUGGCCGAGAAGCAGCCAUGGGCAUACCUACAGUGUGGCCACGUGCACGGGUACCACGACUGGGGCGAGCGAGGCGGAGCAGGUGGCGGGACCGAGCGCGAGUGCCCGAUGUGCCGUGCCCGCGGGCCCUACGUGCCUCUGUGGCUGGGCUGCGAAGCAGGGCUUUACGUUGACGCAGCUCCGCCCACUCAUGCCUUCAGCCCAUGCGGCCACGUGUGCUCGGAGAAGACGGCUGCGUUCUGGAGCCAGAUCCCACUUCCACACGGAACGCACACCUUCCACGCCGCAUGCCCCUUCUGCGCCCAGCAGCUCAGCACCGGCCACAACCACGUGCGACUCAUCUUCCAGGGGCCCGUCGACUGACCUUUCACCUGUCCAGAACGGGUCCUGCGCACUCCUCAGUCCUUUUUAUCUCGAAACUGAACUUUAUUAAAGUCACACAGCGUAUCUUUCUCCUGUUUUCUUAUUUAAACUUUUCAAGCUUUUUAGACCUUCUGCCACGCAAAACGGAGAGCCACGUACCCUCUCCCGUCUCUCACUCCAUUUCUCUUUCCCUGAACAAAACCGCAUACAUCCGUGCUAAACCCUGCGUCCGAACAGUACACCUGUGUGACCGUUCUCCUCUUCUACGGAGGUGUACCGUCUGGACACGGUGCAGAAUUUAGCCGGGUGGCAUGUGGCUUUUCUUGACUAUCGGACUGUUGUUUUUUUUUUGUUUUUUUUUAUUUCCUCUGCUUUCUAAGUGACCUUUUUGUAGUGAAUUUUUCUUAAUCCAGAAAACAAACAGAGAAAUAUAUAUUUUCAAUUGAAACGAAAAAUUACCUGAAUAAGGUAAAAAAAAAAAAAAGAAGAAAGAAGUAAAAACAAAGACAAAUGGAUAGAAAUGGAACUGUGAGCUGCCACAGGAAGUACCCGGGUGAUAUCGGGGAGUGAACCGGGAGGGUUCGAGGAGUUACAGUAAUAUAUUACAGUGUUUCUUUUGCUAAUAUGCUAACAGGAAAGGAAAGAAAAAAAACAUUCUACUCAGUUUUAGUGAUGCAAUAAUCAUCCUUUACACCUGAUUGUCUGUGAUAAAACACGAACUUAACGCUCACAAGUCGAUUCAUCACCGCUGCAAAAAAAAACCCGAAAGGAAACACGUUUAGAUUUUAGAGAUGUUUUUUUCUUUUUCAUGUAAAUCAAAUAUGCUAACUUAAGAAUACUUACCGUUUUUAUUUAUGCAUAGUAUCGAUGUUAAUCAAAUGUAAAAUUAUUGGUGUGUACUUUUUUGGAGUUCCACUCUGUGUAUCUGCCCUAUUUUAUUUUAUUUUUUUGUUUCUUUCUUGUUUUCAUCGUCUCUCGUGCGUAGCCUUGGCUGUGUGUGCUCAGAGUUUAUGUAGCGAACACCUGUGUGUGUGUGUGUGUGUGUGUGUGAGAACACUUCCACCUCAAAGCAAUAGUAUGAGGGCUUCAGACACACACAUGCACACACACACAUGCAGGAGGCGAGCAUCAGGGCUAGAUUAGAGGUUUGAAUAGUGAUGACUAUUAAGAAACCGUAGUUUAAGGCAUGUGUAAGAAGGCGGAGAUGAUUCUGAAAUCUGAGGGUAAUUAAAACAAGAAGGGUGAAUAGGAACGGCGUUUGGGAAAUCUGCCCCCGUAAAGCAGAAAGCUCCAGAUGCAUGGACGACUGGAAAUAAAUACAUAUCUGUCCCUUUAAUUACAGACCAAAACCACACACUCUAAUGAUCCUUUAAGAAACUCUGCUCUCUCUCUCUCUCCUCCCUCUUCCCCCUCUCUCCCUUCCUCUCUCUCCCUCUUCCUCUCUCUCUCUCUCUCUCUCCUCCCUCUUCCCCCUCUCCCUCUUCCUCUCUCUCCCUCUUCCUCUCUCUCUCUCUCUCUCUCUCUCUCUCCUCCCUCUUCCCCCUCUCUCCGUUCCUCUCUCUCCCUCUUCCUCUCUCUCUCUCUCUCUCUCUCCUCCCUCUUCCCCCUCUCUCCCUUCCUCUCUCUCCCUCUUCCUCUCUCUCUCUCUCUCUCUCUCUCUCUCUCUCCUCCCUCUUCCCCCUCUCUCCGUUCCUCUCUCUCCCACUUUCUCUCUCUCUCUCUCUCUCCCUCUUCCUCUCUCUCUCCCACUUUCUCUCUCUCUCUCUCUCUCUCUCUCUCUCCACUCUCUCUCUCUCUCUCUCUCUCUCUCUCUCUCUCUCUCUCUCUCUGUGUGUGUGUACCUGCCUGAUGACCUGUUGUGUCUGAAUGAUCUGUAUAUUUUACAGUCUAGACUCCACCACGUUUUUUCCGAUCGGAAGCAAAUUGGACGUUUCGAACUAUCACUCGUGUUCUACUCUUCCAGGACAGGCUGCAUUUGUAGGCCACGCUGGAAUGUUGGCCAUGUUAAAGACACACUCUGAUUCAGUGUCUUCUAAGGUACAUUAGUUUGUUCCAAUUUCAGCGGUCAAGAGAUGAUCAUAUCCAGAUUGACAUAAAGAAGAGCUUUGAGUCUCCGUCAAAAACUUAUCUUAGAACACCAUAAAGCCACGACCUUGUUAUAGAGGAGUUUGUACGUUAACAUGUAUAUUUACAUUUACAUUUUUUUUAAUGAAUGCUCGUUUAAGGGCUUGGUGAAAGGUUAGAGAGGCGUUCUUUCCACCCUCAGUACAGAUAAACCCAAAUCCCAUGAUUCGUGUUCACUUGGACAGUCAUUUGAUAACCACUGAUUUGUAUCUAAGCUACCAUUUUCUUGUUCCUACAGUAUGGUUACAUUUAGCACGCUAACAGAACAUAGCAUCACCUCCAUGAUGGCUGGACGACUGGAUCAGGUGUCAGGAUACACAGUGCAUGAUGGGUCAGGGCUGUUUUAGCAGCAAAUGGGGGACCAACACAAUAUUAGGCAGGUGGUCAUAAUGUUAUGCCUGGUCUGUGUAAUUAUUAAUUAAUAUUAAUUCCCUAACUUAUUAAAGAGGACCUGACUGGUGUUAAAUUGUGUUAGUCGACUCUAUCACCAUGCACUGUAGAGCAGAAAUAAAAUAUAAAUCAUUACUGUUAUUAUUAUCAUAAUAUAUCUAUAUCUAUCAAUAUAGAUAUAGAUAUAUAUAUUUGACUUCCCUAGCUGGCAGUGAGCCUGUGUCCCUCAGAUACGUGACGCGUGAAUUGAUGGUUGCUAUGCAGAUCUCGCUGUAUUAAGCGCUGCGCUACAUAAUCCGACCCACUUUUCAUACAUCGGCUCCUGCCACCUAUCCUGAUGAAACAGACUCUCCAAGUGAUUUUUUUUAAUACAGAAUCUGCAGACUUACAGACGUUUGUACGAGG